AAGCUUUAAAUUAUGUUUGACAAAUUACACAAAAACACAAUAUAAUUAAUUUUUUUCAUUAUCCGUAAACAAAAUGUCAGCCGAGUGCCACAAACCGUUCUGUAUUGUUCAUUUAACUGGAAGCAGUGGCGUGUUAAAUAAGUUUUCUAAAAAAACGUUUGAAAAUUUUUGUAUAAAAAGAACUAAAUGGCUUUCUCUUGCGGAGGAAGGGAAAACUGUUGCGGAAAUUACUCUCAAUUUUGUUGGGAAAGAUGUUUCAUUUGAGAAUCUUUAUGCUACAACAACAGGAAGCACUUGCUCUCUAUAUUAUUAUUUAAAAUGUUACCAAAAGUUCACUGACAAAGUCCUUAUUGCAAAAAUAGAAAAAAAAAAAUAAAAAAUCUAAAGCUAAAAAUAAAAGAAGAUCUACUUCACCAACAACACUUUGCACUAGAGAUAGAAAAUCCACAAGAAAAUGCAACAGCUCUAACAGUAAUCGUGAUAGAAAUAAGACUCACAUUUUACCCGAAAUUUGUUUGGUUUGUUAAAAGGUGGAGAAGUACUUUAUGGAUAAGGUGCAACUAAAGCGAUCUGUGCAAUAUCUAACUCUGGCAGAAACAAAAGAUGCAGGAUUACUUCGUGAAGCUGCAGAGCAAAAAAAUGAUGAGCGUAUACUCUUGCAGAUAAAAGACAAAGACUGUAUUGCUGUAGGGGUAAGAUACCACAAAAUCUGCUACACUUUAUACACCCAAGAGGUACGCAAUAUUCAGCGAUGUCCAAAACCUAAUUUAGAUAUUUCUAAAAAUUAUGAUAUUGCAUUUCAAAAACUUUGUGAAGAUAUUGUUAUAGAAAGAAUUAUAAACAAUAUUGAAAUUAUGACUCUUAAGAGCCUUCUAAAAAAGUUUAUUUCUUUUAUAAAUCAAUUUGAAAAUAGUGACAUAAUAAUAUACCAGUCAACUAGAUUAAAGAACAGACUUGUUUCUAAAUACCCUAAUUUAGUAUUUCAUAAACCAAGUAAUAGAUCUGAAAGUGAAAUUGUUUAUAUAUCGGACUGUAAUGUAGGAUUUGCUGCAGAAUCUUUUGUUAACAAUAGUUCAACUGAAAAUACAGAUGAAGAUGAUAGUAAUAGUCAUGAUGACAACACAAAAGAAAUUCCUUAA